UCAGACAACUGAACCUGUCUUCCUGACCACCUUCCUUGUAUGACAUGUCUCUAUAAAAAUCAACUCCCCCUUCUCUCUCAUUGAUAUUUUCAACCAUUCUCACAAACAAACCAAAGACUUGCCUUGCACAAUCAACUUGUCUUUGUGUAUCAAAGUUGACACAGACCAUAUUCUCAGAACCUGGUCUAUAAAUCCUGUUUGGUCUAGUCCAAAACCAACUGGCUUCAUCUUUGUUCACCUGAAUCUCAAGCUGACCUCAAUGGACAGGUUACAAAAAACACUAGUGUUCUCUUGUGUCCUGUUUUGUGUCUUUGCAUCAAGUUUAGCUCAGGACUGUAAGAAUUACCAAUUCAAGAGUAACAAUUUAUUCAGCACUUGUAGUAGCCUGCCUGUACAAAAUGCCUUCUUGCAUUGGACUUAUCAUGCCGCAAACCACACCGCUGAUAUCGCCUUUCGACACGCUGGGGUCUCGAGUUCACGGUGGGUUGCAUGGGCGCUGAAUGUGGAUAAAUCAGGGAUGCUUGGAGCUCAAAGCUUGGUAGCCUUUACGAACUCGAGUACUAGUGCUAUCCGGGCCUAUACUUCACCUAUUUCGGCUUAUACGACGACUUUGGCUCCAGGGAAACUCAGCUUUGAUGUUCCGAAGAUCAGUGCUGAGUUUUCGAGCAGUGGUGAUGAGAUUAUUAUUUUUGCUACCUUGAAUCUUCCGUCUGGACGCACAAGUUUUAAUCAGGUGUGGCAAGAAGGCCCUGUUCAGAGUGGUGCUCCCGGGGCACAUGCACAGAAUUCGGCUAAUACGGGAUCUACUGGAACUGUGGACUUUAGUUCGGGCCAGACAAGUGCUGGUGGUGGUAUUGGGAACUCCAAAAAACGAAAAAGAAAUGUUCACGGUGUGCUGAACACAGUGGCUUGGGGAAUUUUGUUGCCUUUGGGAGCAUUGACAGCCAGGUACUUGAAGGUCUUCAAAUCAGCUGAUCCGGCCUGGUUUUACCUUCACGCGUUCUGCCAAUCUUCAGCCUACAUCGUCGGUGUUGCUGGAUGGGGUACUGGGCUCAAACUCGGCAGUGAUUCCCCUGGAGUCACCUAUGACACACAUAGAAAUAUUGGGAUAACUCUAUUCAUCCUCGGAACUCUGCAGGUAUUCGCCCUGCUCUUGAGGCCAAAGAAGGAUCACAAAUACAGAUUGUACUGGAACAUGUACCACCACGCAGUUGGAUACACGGUCAUAGCUCUAAGCAUUGUCAACAUAUUCAAAGGAUUCGACAUCCUGGACCCGGCCAAGAAAUGGAAAAGAGCAUACAUUGGUGUCAUUAUCUUUCUGGCAGCUGUUGCAGCAAUACUAGAGGCCUUAACCUGGAUUAUUGUUCUAAAGAGGAAAGAUAAUGAAUCCGAUAAAUACCCACACGGUGUUAACGGAACCAAUGGAAAUGGAAACGGAAAUGGAGCUAAUGGAUAUGGACAUGGUGGUUACAGAUCACAAGCAGCUUAGAUUGUUUACUGAAACAGCUGGUACUUUGUUAUAUAUUUAUUUAUCUUUAGGUUGCUGUGUUCUGAGGAUUUUUUGGGGCCUCUAUAUAUUUGUGGUAGAGUAGUUUUCACCAUUUGAUGUUGUAGCCAUUUUUUUCUCUCGUGACCUCUUUCUUUCUUUUGGACUCUAUUCUGAGCAUUGUAUGAUAGUGUUAUUUUUCUUGGUAUAUACGGUAUUGUUUUACAUGA